AUGGCUGAUCGCUUCCCCUCGUUGGAGGACUUCUCUGAGGGUCAAACCGAAGUUGUUGAGAUUAGCGGCGCUUCGGAUGCGGACGAUUUCCUCGCUCGUGAGCGUGCUGCUCUCGGAGAAGAUGCAGACCAAUUCGCCACCCCUCAAGAUCACGUUGCUACCGCCCAGUCCCAGAAUGCGCUCGACGAUGAUCUGUUAGGCGGCUCGAUGGGCGCUCCCAUUGAAACCGCUGCCGCAGACAGCACCGCAUUUGAGUCUUCCUUUCCCGCCAUCGAUACCAGCAAUGAGCAAGUUGCACCUGGCGGUACGAUUACCGGGACCGGCGCCCCAUACUAUCCUCCAACAACUGGCUACCAGAAAGAAGAGGCAGAGUCGGAGCCUAUGAGAGAGUGGCGUGAGAAACGUGAUGCAGAACUCGCCCGUCGCGCGGAGAUCUCGAAGGAAAAGAAGGAGGCAACUAUCAAGAAGGCCCGGGAAGAUAUCGAUGACUUUUAUGUUUCCUACAACAACAAAGUUGAUAAGCUUCGUGCUCAGACCCAUACCGAGGCUGAACAAUUCAUUGCCAACCGCCAGGACACUUCAGCGGGCGGCACUAGCUGGGAGCGUAUCGCAAAGCUUGUUGAUAUCUCCGGAAAGGGCACCAAGGGUGGCGCGAGUGGAUCCGGCAAGGAGCGCUUCAGAGAACUGCUGCUUGAUUUGAGGAAGGACGAGAAGGCGCCUGGUGUCAGUGGUAUCUAG